UUUACCAUCAGGAGGGUGAAACACCACUCAUUUCUCUCAACUCCUGUCUUCACGGUGUCCAGCUGCCAACGAGGACCUCUGACAACGUUUGGGAAACUUGUGACUUUCAAAGAACAAAUCAGGAAAAAAGGAUUUGAAGUUUUUUUUUCAAUUUGUUCUUUUACGCACGCCGAACACAAUAACGCAUUUACUUCAGAGUCAAGAAUGACGCCGUCGUUUUCUUUCCCAGCGUUUAUGUUUUUGGCACCCUUGUUAAUGAAGGGUCUCUGUGUCAGUGGCUCCCCGGGCUGCGCGUCCUGUGGUUUGCCGGCCAUGGAGAAAGACGCAGAGCGAAUGCUGAUGAUAGACAUCGCCAAGCAGCAACUUCUGGACAAGCUGCACCUGAAAGAGAGACCAAACAUCACUCAGACGGUGCCCCGGGUGGCGCUCCUCACGGCUCUGCGCAAACUGCACUCCGGGCGCGUCAGACAGGAUGGCACUCUUGAACUAGAAAACAAUAUACCUACCAAAGAUCAAGGCUAUGAAAUAGUGAGCUUUGCAGAUAUAAAUGAGACAGAGAGUGGUGAUAAAGCCAGCCUCAGUCUAACCUUCCAGUUUCUGCAAGAACGUGGCCAGAGUAUCCAGGUCCUCCAGUCUUCUCUGUGGAUCUACGCUCGCUCCUCUGAGGACCCUCACAGAGACUCUCGGCUUGCCGCCCGGGUUUUCCUCUUUGCAGAUAAUGGGGUGUCAGGCGCAAACCGCACCCUGGUGAUAGAAAAGAUGCUGGAGGUCCAGGAGAGUAACUGGCACACCUUCCCCAUCACUCACACCCUGCAGGCCUUCCUGGAUGGUGGCCAGCACCGGCUGCAGCUGGAGGUCAGCUGCUAUGAGGAUGGGAAGAACCUUUGCUCCCUGGGUGGCUCUGCUGGCACUUCCAACCAGCCCUUCCUCGUGGCCCAGGUGCGUCUCCGUGAUGACCACUCCAAACACUUAAUCAGGAAGCGUUCACUGCGUUGUGGUGAUGAAGUAACCGUGUGCUGCAAGAGAGACUUCUACAUCAAGUUCAAAGAUAUCCAGUGGCAUGACUGGAUCAUUGCACCUGAAGGCUACCAUAUGAACUACUGCAUGGGUCAGUGUCCCCAACACCUGUCUGGCUCCCCAGGCAUAGCAUCCUCAUUCCAUGCCACUGUCUUCAGUCAGCUGAAAGUCAAUGGCAUUAACACGGCUGCAUCGUCAUGUUGUGUUCCCACUGAGCGUCGGCCACUCUCCAUGGUGUACUUCAACUCUCAGCAUAGUAUUGUCAAAACGGACGUCCCUGAUAUGAUAGUGGAGUCCUGUGGAUGUACAUAAAGGAGAGAAUAUGAAAGACAUGGUAUAGUUAACAUAGGUUUGUUUUAGCAGAGGAAACUAAAAAGACUGAUGUGUGUAUUGUAGACAGAAAGAUACAAACACACAUGAACACAGGAGUUAAUAAUGGAAGUAUUUCUUUGUGUUUAGAUUACAUUCGGGAACAAGUAGGCACAAAGAAAAAAACAAUUUUAUAGGAUAAACUUUUCCCGCAGCACUCAGGCAUAUUCUAACAAGAAUAUAUGAAAAUUUCAAGAUUUAAAUCAGUAGAAUCUUUUGCAUUAUAUAUUAGGAAAUAGAAAGUGAGCAACCUUAACAUAUGACAGACUCAGCACAGGAGGAAGGAGUGAUAUUAAUGUAAAACAUUUAUAGUGGUGACAAGUAGAUUAGGCCAUGGCUGACUGAAGGCGCGCUUAUAUUAAAUAGUUUUUUUACGGAGGUCACAACAAACACAAAGAAAUCCUUCACUGUGGUGUAAAAUUUAAAGUUGCAAUCUUUUUUCAUUUUCGUGAAAUGUAGGUUAUUUAUUAUGUAUUGCACAAUUGCUGCUGGGAUUCAAUUCAACGUAAAAUGUUUUAUGGAUCUCAGGAAAUUGGGAGCAGAACUGUUAGCACUUCUAACUCUUUCAAAACAUUGGCUACAGUAUGUUUUCAGGAUGUUUCAUGUAAUGGUCACAGUGUCCACAUACUAUAUAUAUAUAUAUAUAUAUAUAUAUAUAUAUAUGUACUUUUAUACUAUUUUAAUACUAAUUUAUAGAACUGUUAUAUUUCUAUGGCUUAUUUGCACCUUUUCUUAGCCUAACUAAAUGUUGCCAUUUUAAAGCAAGGCAAUGAACAAGAUCCUUGAUUUAAAGUGUGCCUUCUUCAUUAACUCGUGAUGACAAAAUGCAACUUGGACAUUGAGUAUCAAGUCAUCAUGGUCUAAAUACCAAAGACAAUCUAUUGAGUAUAUCACUUCAAUUUCAUUACUGACUGAUGGAGUCUUUUUAUGUGGACCUGUGACACAAUGUUCAUAUGGACACUUAUUUGUAUUCUGAUAGUAUGACUUUCUUUCUACAUCCAGCAAACAUUUUUAUUUUAUUGAGAAGUUUCAGUAAGAAGCAGUUUUAAUUACAGUGCAAGAAAACACAACUGAUGCGGUUUGAACAGGUACAAUCUGCCCUGAGUCCAUGUCUUUUUCAGAGUACAGCCGAUGCUGCAUGCAGGUUGAAAUAUGUUUGAUCAGCAUCUCCACUGUAUUAUUUACACAAGCCUGCUAAUCAGUUGGGUAACUAUGAACCCAAGGUCAUUUCUCAGCAGCAUGAGCAAACAUUUAGCUAUUGCUUCAGUGUCAGGUAAUGUGAAGGUCUGUGAGGCAGGUGGGUCAAUGAGCAUGUGCUGUUGCACGUUGGCAUUUAUAGCUCUCAAAGUCUAAAGUUUUUUGGCAUGAUGUAAAAUUAGAGGCUUUCCAGCUAAAGGCAAUCUGGUAAUAUUUUGAGUGGAUUUUGAAAACAUUUUCCUUGUAUCCCAAUUGCACAAUUUAUAGUUCAAUAAUUUAUAAUGCUAACUUUGUUUUGAUUAUGUAUAGUACUACAUCCAUACAGGGAAAAAGGCCAAGUGAAGUAUACUACUUCACUCACAGCUGGAUGCUGCUCUCAAAACAAAGAAGCAUAGUUCAAUUCUUGGAAAAAAUGCACUAAGCCACUUUUCACUGAGGUUUUCACAUUUUAAAUUGGCAGUAGUGUUACAUGCCUUGUGUCAUGUCAUAUUUGAAAGAAUAAUAUAGUACAAUAAUUUCUUGUCUACCAAGUAUUACACUGCUAGUGUACACUUAAAUAAGUAUACGGUAUAGAUUUGAGACCCAGGCCUUGUCUACUUCUCGCCUUUGUUUACACCCAUCAGUGUAAAAGUCAAAGACCUUUUUGGCUUUCUGGAUGAUGUUUCAAGGGUAUGUCCUUACUGUGUUGGUAAACUGUAUAGCUUAAGGACUUGUGUUAUACUUCCAUCAUAAGCAGGAAACAUUUUCAGGCAAUAAGUUGGGGCAUUUGUCUUUACAUUUUGUCCAAAUAGCCCACAGACAUGUUUUGCCUCUCUCUGUUGCCUUUAAAAGCUGCACUUGUAUUAUUUCUUCAGAGUUCAAAUCUGUGUAAAACAAUUCUAAUGCUAAAGUUUAUUGUUUAUUUUAUCUUGUCAGCACCCCCUGUCCCAGGACUCAAUGUGACAUUGAGGUGCCAUCAUAACAUAACUAACAUAACUUACUAAGCACUUUAUCUGCCUACUGUACUUUUAGAGCAAAUAUUGGGUCUACUACUUAUAACUCAGGUGGGCUCAACCUAGAAAAUGUAAAUAGGCCUACAGAAAGCAAAUGUCAAUCAGCUUAUUUUCUUAAGCUCUAGUCGUGCUUAAAUAUGCAGCAAUGCGUGUGUUUGCAGAGCACACAGAUGAUACAGGAAUUUCUAUAUACUGUAACUGGUGGAAAUGGAGCCAGGAUUUCAAUUUUGUGUAUAAUUAUUGUCUUCAUUUUUAUAUCAUAUAUGCAUAAUGAAUGAUUUGUAAUGGCAAUUCAAUGUAAAGCAUGUGUCAUAAUGUGCUGAAAUGACAUGAUUGCAGUUUAAGUACAUUUUUAAUAAAUAAAUACAUAUUUUAAAUCAA